AGUCCUCCCACACCGGAAGUAGUCUUACAAAAUAAAAGACAUGUUUGAGUUGUGCUUCAUGUGUCGUCAAAGUACCGCGAGACAAAUUCGAGAGCACUGCUUUCGAAUCCCUCUCGUGGUAUUUCGAUGUCAUAGGUUGAUCAUGAAGUCGAAAACAAUUUCAUGUAGUCAGGGGGAGGAAUCCAGGGCACAGGUUCCUCCUCACACACGGGAAGACGUCUUUUGAAUUUAAAAGGUUUGACUGAAAAGCGGAGUUUUGGUGCAUUUAUGUUUUGCGUAAAUCGUUAGGGGAUAACAUGACAUUUAACAGUAUUUGCUUGUAUAUCCAAUCCAUCGCAACUGUCAUGUCACCGAAUUAUUGACAGGAGGGCAUUCAAAUGCAAGAAGUGUGUUGUCAACUAAUACGUUGCUGAUUUACGGCUUUGGCUGAGUCGUUGGUGUAAAGGUUAAGGUGUUUUCGGGUAACUGGAAUGUGGAAGGGACCGGUGGUAAAUAGAUCUUCAGUUUUGUUUAGAUUUUUAAUCCCACGUUUUUACGACAAGGCUAUUAUGUCUCGCAAGCUGCACGCACGGAGGAUUGAAGGCAUUGACAAAAAUAUAUGGGUGGAAUUUAGUCAGAUGGCUGCUGAAUAUAAGGUAGUGAACCUGGGACAGGGAUUUCCAGAUUUCUCCCCACCUGGUUUUAUUCAAGAGGCCUUCUCCAAAGCUGUGAAUGGAGGAGUCCCCAUGCACCAGUACACACGUGGUUUUGGCCAUCCACCUCUUGUGAAGAUCCUGGCCAAGUUCUUCAGUAGGAUUAUUGGCCGAGAAAUUGACCCAAUGGAGGAUGUCCUAGUAACAGUAGGGGCAUAUCAGGCUCUUUUUUGCACAUUCCAGGCUCUUAUUGAUGAGGGUGAUGAGGUGAUUAUAGUGGAGCCUUUCUUUGACUGUUAUCAACCAAUGGUAAAGAUGGCAGGAGGAACACCUGUCUAUGUGCCUCUCAAACCCAGAGAAGGCUGUGGUCCAACUAUGUCUAGUGCACAAUGGGUAUUGUCUCCUGAAGAGUUGGCUAGUAAAUGUACUCCUCGUACCAAGGCCAUUGUCAUAAACACUCCUAAUAACCCAAUUGGCAAGGUGUAUCUGCGGGAGGAACUUCAGAUGAUUGCUGACCUAUGCAUUAAGCAUGAUAUAAUUUGUAUCAGUGAUGAGGUGUACGAGUGGCUCACAUAUGAUGGAACUAAACAUGUGAAGAUCGCAAGUCUGCCAGGUAUGUGGGAACGUACUGUCACCAUUGGAAGUGCUGGCAAAACCUUCAGUGCCACAGGGUGGAAGGUUGGUUGGGCAAUAGGAUCAGGCCGUGUCCUGAAGCACCUGAAAACCGUCCAUCAGAACUCAGUAUAUCAUUGUGCUACGGCUGCUCAGGAGGCUGUAGCAGUAGGUUUUCUCAAGGAAUUUGAUGUGUUUGGAACAGAGGACAGUUACUUCCACCAGCUACCCGCUGGUCUUCAUGAAAAGCGUCUCAGGUUGGCAAACUGUCUGAAGAGUGUUGGCUUGAAACCCAUCAUGCCCCAGGGAGGAUACUUCAUGAUUGCAGAUAUCUCAGAUAUUAAGGUUAACCUUACUGAUCCUGAUACUAAAGAUGAACCAUAUGACUACAGAUUUGUUAAAUGGCUCAUAAAAGAAAAGGGACUGGCUACUAUUCCGGUGUCUGCAUUCUUUAGCCCAGAACACAGAGAAAAUUUCCAGAAAUACAUCAGAUUUUGCUUUGUAAAGGAGGACUCAACACUAAAAGCAGCAGAGGAUAUCCUAAGACAGUGGAGUGACAGCAAAUAAAUACACUCAAAGUCCUGACAGUAAAUUUCUUGCACAGACAAUCUGAGCCACAUCAGAAUGUAAUACGUUUACAUAUCCCUAUUUUUGAACAAUGUGCAAUGUUAACUGGAUGAUGUUUUGUUGAGAGUUGUUCAUGAGAGCCAUGUUUGUGCUAAGACAUUAAACUGUCAACUGUUCUUCUCCAGGUCCUGCACAGAUCUUUUCAGUGCCACUGUGACUGUGAAGCUUGAGGAUGUAUUAUAAAAUAAGAGUUGUGGGAUAUUGGUGGGUAAUUUUUAAAUGCUAAAAGGUUUAACCUCCUAAGACCCAAGCUUUGGUUUGUCUAGCUAUUUUGGGGUUCGGAAGAACCAAAAAAUAUAUUAAACAAAAAAUAUAUAUUUUUUACAUGAAGCAGUGUAAUUGUCCAUGUUUGUAUGUUCCAGUUACACAGAAUUAUGGUGCAAACCACAAAAAAAAGUGAUGUGCACGUAUGUGGACUUCCAGAUUUUAGGAGGUUAAAUAUUAUUUCUUUUUUAAUUCCACCAUUUCAAAAAUUCUUACCAGUUUGAAUUCACUCCUCGGACUCAGUAACCCAGCCUAAAAGAGUGUGUUGUGCAAAGAAAUGCAUAAUACAGCACUGACGCUUAAUUGACAUAUAAACAAUUGUUGAAACAGCAUUGGAUGUAUUUAUCUUUCUUUAUAAAGGCCUGAUGACCCA